GCUCUCUACACGAUUGUAUCUACUAUGGGGACGCUCUUUGUGCUGGUUGCACGCGGCCAACACACCUCACUGUUGACACAUGAACAACGGGAAACAAUGCCAGAAUCAGAGUUUGCAAUAUGGCAAUAUGGCUCGAAAAACUUCAUAGCCGGCAUGUGUUGCUACGUCACAAUUGUUUGGACGUUAAAAUUUAAUAUGUUAUUCUUUUAUAAAAGAUUGGUCAAGAGCCAAUGGGUUGAAAAGGUCUUAUUUCCCCUCAUGGGGCUGGUUGGAUUGACAGCAGUCAUCAUAGUAUUGAUUAUCUUCCUGACUUGCCGUCCUCUUAACCUUAUGUGGCAAAUAAGACCAGACCCCGGAGAAAACUGCGUACCGCAGAAUAAGAUCUAUUUCUAUAGCAUUCUAGUCAUGAAUGUCACUACAGAUCUUUGUAUUAUCAUCGUCCCCAUUCCUGUCAUCAGCCUCGUCCGAGCCUCAGUCUGGCGCAGAAUCGGUAUAUAUUUUCUCUUUAGCCUAGGCGUCUUCGUGAUGGCGGCUUCUAUCAUUCGUGUUGUUCUUAUUUUCCAUCCAACAGGUCAGUUUGGACCCGGGGCCAUGUGGUCCAUCCGUGAAGAUUUCGUGGCUAUUUUUGUCGGCCAAGCUCCAAUGAUUAUUCCAAUCUUUAGAAAGAGAUUCUGGGAAAAGUCCAUCAGCAGAACACCCAAAACGUGCCAGGGGUCUGAUGGUCAUGAACUGUCAGAAGGAGGGGCAAAAAAGCCCAAAAAAGCAAAGGAUCCAUGGAGCUUGACCAUGAUAGGCUUCACCCACCACACAAAUGCAACCCGUGGUACUCAACCCAGCAGCGUAGGCGCAACAGUGAAGGCAACGGUGUCCACAGGCGGUUUUGAAAGAGCUGUUGUAACAGAGAGGCAUUCAUCAUGUGAAGGCUACCAAUCACAGGUGGUAGGUGACUCGCGUUUUAUUAAUGUUAGCAGCAAAGACCACGACGAUCUAGAAAUCACGGGAGCUUAA